UAAUUGAAUAUGUAAUAUACAGUAGCCUAAGUGUAGCUACUUAGGUUAAUAUCUUGCUACAUGUUCGAUUUCAAGAGAAACACUGCACGCGAGUGAGGCGACUCGACGGGCAUAAAACGUUUAUAAUCUGGUCGCGUCGCGUUCAGAGCAGACGGGCUGUAAGAAGAGAGAGAAAUUUUGCCUUUUAUUGCCCCAUAGAGAGACCAGUGACGUAAAGAACCUAAAAACUUGCGGAAAGUGUGGAGAAAAACAGGCUGCAGUCUAUGCGGCGCGCGGAACCCCAGUGGAAAUGCAAGGAUACACUCAGACUCUUCGUAUUCGCUUCCAUGAAGCGCUUUAUGUCCUUUAUAUACUGCUUUAUGUCAAAUUCGCUUGUGCUGCUGCGGAAGCGUCGAACAUAACUGAAGUUUGGAACAAAACUCAGCUUUUCGAGCUGUACAGUAAAGGAGUUUUCCAGUUGGAAAGUGUAUCGCAGGAGGGUUGCCUCUCAGCAGACUCGUCCGGUCUAUCUCUGGCCAGCUGUGACCCCCCGUCUGCCGCCCUGCUUUGGAAAUGGGUGUCCCGGCACCGUCUCUACAAUCUGGGCACCAAUCGAUGUCUAGGGAUCAACGCGACCAAGCAGCAGCCUGUCGUUGGCAUCUACGAGUGUGAUGUUUCCCUCACAACCAUGUGGUGGCGCUGUGGCGGCAGCAUGUUGUACGGAGCGAUGAAUAAUAAGCUAGCGGUGGUGGACUCAAAAGUGGUGGUUAAGAAAGCCGUUCUGCAACAGUGGAGGAUUUAUGGGGCGGCUGGUGAAGGGCCGUGCGCUUACCCGUACGAAGACAUCCACACACUACAGGGAAACUCCCAUGGCAUGACCUGCUCCAUACCCUUCAAAUACAACAAUAAAUGGUUCUGGGAUUGUACGUCUGAGGGCAGAGAGGACCGUCACCUCUGGUGUGCCACAACAAACCACUAUGAUCAAGAUGAGAAAUGGGGCUUUUGCCCCAAUUCAGUGUCAGGCUGCAAUGAAUUCUGGGAGAGCCAUCCGGGGCUGAACGCCUGUUACCAGUUUAACUUGUACUCCAUCCUCACCUGGAGUCAAGCUCUUACUUCCUGCCAAGCACAGGGUGGGAGUCUUCUGUCCAUCACACAGUCCAGUGAACAGAGCUAUAUCCGAGAAAGACUCUCAGAUAUGGGUGUGAUGGUCUGGAUUGGAUUAAACCAUCUCAGUCAACAUGGUGGAUGGCAAUGGUCUGAUGGAUCGCCCUUGGCUCUUGUCAAUCAUACCUCAGAUCUGACCUCCAUGCCAGUGCUGGAGAACCAGCAGUGUGGGGUGUUUAACUCCACGCAGGGUUCCUGGCAGAGUAUGUCCUGUGAGUCAGCCUUGCCUUACAUCUGCAAGAAAACCUCCAACUACAGCCGGAAUGCCGAGCCGCUUGAUAACUGGCAAUAUAAGGAGACGAUUUGUCCUGACGGUUGGUUGGACCACAAUGGGUUUUGUUACCGGUACCUGAAGAAGAAUUCGAGCUGGGACGGCUCUUCAAGCGCGUGCAAGUCUCUUGAGGCGGAGCUGGUCAGCGUCCACUCCCUCUCCCAACAGGAACUGCUGCUGAAACUUCUCUCGAAUGGAUCCAACUCUAAGGUGUGGAUCGGCUUGCACAAGGAGGCUAAACUUCCAGCAGUCCAAUGGUCAGACAACUCUCCUGUCACAUUCACAUCCUGGUCCUCUCAGGAGCCUUCCCAUCAUCAUGGCGACAAGCGCAUCUGUGUUACAGCGGACUGGAAGGAAGGCAGAUGGCAGUUUGCGGAGUGUGAAGAGCAGCAUGCCGCAAUCUGUAAGGCGUCAGGUCUUGUGCCUCAGCAUCCUGCUGGUGAAUGGGAUGAAGGAUGUCCAGAGGACUGGAGAAGGAAGGACAACUGGUGUUAUAUGAUCACAGAUCAGGAGCAGACGUUUGAGGAUGCAGUGAAAGGAUAUUACUGCAAAUCUCUUGUUACUGUAGAAAGCAGGUUUGAGCAGGCCUUUCUAAACAGCCUGAUCAGAGAAAUGGGAGGUUCUGACUCCCAAUACUACUGGACAGCCCUACAGGACAAGGACAGAAUCAGAGAGUACCGCUGGCUGACCCUGAAUGGCUCAUCGACACCCCUCAACUACAACAACUGGAACCGACACCAGCCAGUGAAUAGUGGCGGGUGUGUGGUCAUGUCUGGAGGUCAAGCACUGGGUCACUGGGAGGUGAAAAAUUGUCACACCUUCAAGGCCCUGGCUGUAUGCAAACAGGAAGUGAGCGACAACCAUGCCACCCGGACGCCUGUGCCACACAUAAAUAUAAAUGCACCAUGUCCGACAGGAUGGGAAAGCCGCAAAAGCCUGUCUCACUGUUACAAGGUGUAUCACAGUGAGAAGAUCUUGAUGCAGCGCACCUGGACCGAGGCUCAGUUCUUCUGCCGGGCUUUGGGUGCUGAUCUGAUCAGUUUCCAUCACAAUGAAGAACAGACUUUUGUCAAAAAUCUCCUUUCCAUGAUGUUCCAAAGUACAGAGGGUCGCUGGUUUUGGGUGGGCUUUACUAAGAGAAACCCUAGGUCCGAGGGAGCCUGGGAGUGGUCAGAUGGCACGCCGGUGGUGACAUCGUUCAUUGAGGAUAUGAAUGAAGUGGACUCUCACAUGUGUGCUGUGUACAGUGACCUCACGAACACUCUCACGGCCCACUCAUGUGACUCCAAAUAUGAGUGGAUUUGCAAGGUCCCCAAAGGUGUGGAGUUGGUCAAGCCGUACUGGUACAGCGACCAACGUGAGCCAUGGGUGUUUUUCCGUGGAGCUGAAUAUUACAUUGCCAGUAAGCCGUUUCCCUGGGAGGCCGUCACCUUCGCUUGUAAGAUGAUAGGUGCUGAUCUUCUCUCUGUUCACUCUAGCGAGGAACUGAACUUCAUCAGAGAACGCAUAAAGGACUCUAAAUAUUGGUGGAUUGGUUUGUCAGCUAACAGCGAGCACAAUGGCUUCAGUUGGACUGAUGGAUCCGCCCUGGAUUAUGAGAACUGGGAAAAUGGUCAAUUUUCCCGAAAGCCUGGCCAAAACUGCAUCCAAAUGUCGUCUCAGUCGGGUCAGUGGUCAACAGGAAGCUGUAAAGAUCCUCACGGUUACGUGUGCAAGCGCAGAACGGUGUCUUUAGUGGAGGACCCACUCGAGCCUCACUAUAUCGGCAGCUGCCCUGAAAACUGGUUCUACUUCGGACACAAGUGUCUGUUUCUGCAUCUCCCAGCCCGUCCGGAAGAGGGGAAAAGUUGGCAGGAUGCUCAGUCCAUCUGCUCAUCCUAUUCGGGAUCUCUGGUGUCCAUAGAGGAUGAAAUCGAACAAGCCUUCAUCGUCAUGCUGCUUCAUGGCAGGUCAGCGGGGGUUUGGAUUGGGGCACAGGGGCGUUUUUCUUCCAAAUGGAUCAACGGGAAGCCAAUCGUCUAUAAUAACUGGGAGAAGUCUUAUUAUAGAUCUCCUAUGGAACAUCAUUGUACUUACCUGUCCAACAGUCACAUCUUCCGUAUGACAGGGGAAUGGCAAGAUGACGUCUGUACUGAGAGCAUCUAUGGCUUUGUCUGCCAGAAGCCACAAGACAUCACCAAACGUCCAACCCAGCCCUAUUACACCGCUUCCUCUCUGGACACAUCUGAGUAUAAGAACCACAGUUACCGAAUCAUCCACGGCAACUUGAGCUGGUACGAGGCCCAGAAAGCAUGUUUGGAGAAGGGGGCGGCACUUGUGCGGAUCGCAGACCCGUAUCAGCAGGCCUAUCUCAAUGUGCUCAUUAACAGGCUUGAUGCCCCACUCUGGAUCGGCUUGUACAGUACAGAUGAUGAUAUAGAUCAUCAGUGGGCUGAUGGCAGUGAGGCAUCGUUCACUAACUGGGAAAUGCCAAAAGGAGAUGGAGACUGCGGGUUCAUGGAUGUUAAUGGACGCUGGAAAUACGCAGAAUGUGACAUGCUGUUAUCAGGAGCGAUAUGCUACAUACCUCCCCCGAAAAGCAUCGCUUUUUCCUAUGACGUGGUAUGUCCUGAACGCUGGCUGAAGUUUCGCGGGAGCUGCUAUUAUUUUAAAAAUGUUGUAACAAAGAUGACCCUGGAGGAAGCGAGAAAUCACUGUAAAAAGAAUGGAAAUUCUUCAGAAAUUCUGACAGUUCAAGAUGAUGAGGAGAGCCGGUUCAUCAUUAACGAGUUGGUGCGUUAUUACAAGGGCCCUCGGAAAUUCUGGCUAGGAAUUUUCUUCAACACUGACAAGAACGCUUUGACUCGACUGGAUGGCUCUCCGCUCCAGUACACUUACUGGCACUCCAAAGCUCCAGAUCCCAGUGUCAUGAGGGCCGGUCUAUGUGUGACUAUGCGGAUAUCAGAUGCUGUGUGGCAGUUAGACAACUGCACUGACACCCAGGGCUUCAUCUGCAAAACCUCAUCAGGAGCCAUCAAAGAGGUAGAAGUGGAGCCAUUGAAAGGUCUGCACCGAGGUGUGAUCUCAGUUGCUGCUUUGGUGGCCAUUGUGUUGUUUGCUGUGAUGAUUGGAUCAUUGUGGCUUCUUUACAAGAGAAACUCUCUUUGCAUCCAGAGGCUUCCGACAUUUGGCAGUGCCUAUUACAGACAGACAAGCUCCCAAGCCAGUGAUCAAGAUGAGAAUGUUUUACUCCCAGACCUAGAAGCACAAGCACGGGACUAGUAUGCGUGUGUGUGUGUAUGUGUGCAUGCAUUCAUGUGUGAAUUGCCUGAGACUCCAGUGCAAAUAUGAUAAAGUUGAGUUGUCUGUCCGUACUGUAGCUACAGGAGGACAUUGUGCACAUACGGCCGAAUCCAAUCCAUUUAAAAUCACUAUGAAAGGGAUAUUCUUUAUGAAGUAGGAAAUGGGGCUUUUUACACUUUGUCUCAUAUUCAGGACAACAACAGAAUUCCUCUAGAAUGUUAAAGUUAAAAUGGCCAAAUGGGCUUGUUGGUUGAAUGUGGUUUUAUUUUGUUUAGGUGUUACGGCCUGUUUGCAUCAACACGAAUGUUCAGAAAGAAAUUCUUGAGGGUGAGUAAAUGAUGACAGAAUUUUCAUUUUUAAGUGAACUAUUCUUUUAAAGCUACACUGUGUGAU